AUGCAAAACUCUAAUCCGGCGGCAUGGGAGCCUCUUCGAGCAGCCAGAGAAGCCGCCUCCGACCGCCAUUCUUGCAAACUACAAGAAUCAUCUCCCUCGGAUCACAAUAGAGCCAUUGAGCCACUCUUGCAAACAAGCCAAAACCAGAAACGGGGGAUGCUGCCGGAGCCACACCGGAGGUCUAAAAGGAGCACAGAUCCGCCGGUCGUCACCACCAGAUCUUACACCAAAGACAGCCACCGCCUAGCAACAACCACCGCCAGGAACGAAAUCGAGAAAGACGACAAAAAGAGCCACUUCUCCGAUUCACCGGAGACCUAA